AUGUCAACACAGACUGGUUUCGGGAGUCCGUUACAAAGUCAACACGAGUCUACGUCAAACAACAACAAGGAACAGAAGGAAUGGACGUCUCAACAACAAACACACUCUUGUACACGUGGUACCGGCUGUCAAUUCUUCUUCUUCUUCUUCUUCUUCUUCUUCUUCUUCGUCAUCUUCUUCUUCUUCUUCUCUGCCUCCUCCUCCUCCUUUUCCUCCUCUUCCUCCUUUUCCUCCUCCUCCUUUUCUUCUUCCUCCUCCUCAUUCUUCUUUCUCUCCUCCUUUUUCUUCUUCCUCUUCUUCUAUUCCUCAUCGUCCUUCCCCUUCUUUUUCUUCUUCUUCUUCUUCUUCUGCUUCCGCCUCCUCCUCAUCCACCUUCUUCUCCUCCACCACCUUUUUGUCCUCCCCCCUCCUUCUUCUUCCUCUCCCCUUCUCGUUCUUCCUCCUCAACCUUCUUCUUCUCUUCCUCCACCCCUCCUCCUCCUUCUUUUUCUUCUUCUUCCUCCUCCUCCUCUUCCUCCUCCUCCUCCUUCUUCUUUUUCUUCUUCUCCUUCCUCUUCAACCUCCUUCUUCUUCUUCCUCUCCCCUUCUUCUUCUUCCUCCUCCUCCACAGUCUUCUCCUCUUCCUCCACACCUCCUCCUCCUCCUCCUUCUUCUUCUUACCUUUAUGUUAUCGCCAUUGCUUUCGUCGUUACAGUCAUUGUCUUUUUCUUUUUUCAUUUUCUCUUUCUUUCCUUCAUUUUCUUUCUUGUUUCCUUCUUUUUUUUAUUUUAUCUAUUUUACAUUUUAUCUUUUUCCUUUUCAUCUUUUUAUUUUUUUCUUUUCUUUUCCUUUUUUCUUUUUUCCUUUUCUUUUCUUUUUUUCUUUUUUCCUUUUCUUUUCCUUUUCUUUUUCCUUUUCUUUUACUUUUUUCUUUUUUCCUUUUCUUUUCUUUUUUCUUUUUUCCUUUUCUUUUCCUUUUCUUUUUUCCUUUUCUUUUCCUUUUUUCUUUUUUCCUUUUUUCCUUUUCUUUUUUUGUUUUCUUUUUCCUUUUCUUUUCCUUUUUUCUUUUUUCCUUUUUUUCCUUUUCUUUUUUCCUUUUCUUUUUCUUUUUUCUUUUUUCCUUUUCUUUUCUUCUUUGUUUUCUUUUUCUUUGUUUUCUUUUUCCUUAAUCUUUAUUAUCUUUUUAUUCGUUUUCUUUUUUUUUGCUUCUUUCCUUUUCUCUUUCCGCCAUUUUUCUUUUUCCUUCUUUCCCUUUUCUGCUUUUCGUUACUUCCGCAUUUCUUCUUCUUCUUCUUCUUCUUCUUCUUCUUCUUUUUCUUCUUUCUCCCUUUUUACAGGGAAAGGCGUACGUGA